AGAAAGUGAGAGUCGAGAGAAGAACAUUUUUCUGGUUGCAAGUAUGGCUAAUAAAGUUGGAAAAAUUGAAGCAGCUCCACAAUCGCGAAACAGUGGGCAAGUAAUGGAACCACUUUGUGAUGUGCAGGAGGUGCUUAACGCACUCUGUUCCAAACGGGUCAAACUGCGCGAAUGGAUACAAAAAGCUUGGGCGUACUAUCACCAAAAUCAGUUUGAAGGUUUCGUGCUGCUGUUGGAGAAUGCCAUUACGCGUGGCUUCAAGACCUAUCCGGGCUACAAGGAAGAUUUACUGAAGAUCCACACUCUGUUGGCAGCGCACUUCUUUCGUCUGGCCUGCAGCGAGCAUGGCAAUCGUCGUGCCAUGUGGCAAGAGAAGGUAUCGCAACAAUUGCAGAUAAUGGACAACAUGCAGCUGGUUUCCAAUGACUUGCCGCAUCUCUUGUGUCGUGGCUUUGCGCUGAUGCUUACGGAGGCGCGUCUACAGGACGCAGAUAACCAUUUUGUUUCUGUGCUGCGACAGAUGCCGUACAGUGUGCCUGCCCUGCUGGGACGCGCCUGCCUAGCCUACAAUCGUCAGGAGUAUCGUGUGGCGUUGGGCUACUUUAAGAGCGUGCUACAGCAUCAUCCGCACGGACCGGCCGAUGUGCGCGUGGGCAUUGCCCACUGUUUCCUCCAGAUGGGCGAUUUGGACAGCGCUCGACGCGCCUUCGAGAUGGCCGUACAACGCAAUGGGCGCUGCAUAAAUGCGCUGCUGGGCAUCGCACAACUGAAGCUUAACGAGCGCCAGCGUGCAGCCAAUAUGGAGGCCACAAAUUUACUAUGCGCCGCCUUUGAGCUGAACCAUCGUCAUCCAGUGGUGCUCAGCUGGCUUGCGUGCUACCUUUACUAUUCACGCAACUACGGCAAAAUGCAAACGGCCGCUGGGAAUGCAUAUUUAAUCACAGAUAAUCCACUGCUGAAGGCUCAGAACUGCUUUCUGAUUGCUCGCAGCUUCCACGCGCAAAACAACUUCGAUCGUGCCUUUGAUUUCUAUGGCAAGGCCUUGAAGUGUCUGUCGGAAUAUGCGCCCCCUUAUCUGGGCAUCGCCCAGAUGUAUGUGCGUCGCGGACAGCUCGAUCUGGCGGAGCACUCGCUGCGCUCCCUGCUCAAACUGUUGCCAGAUAAUCCUCACGGCCUGCGCAUGCUCGCCACGCUAUAUGCGCAGGCGGACUCACCCGGCAAGCUAGACAAAGCGAUACAGUUGUUUAAAAGUGCUUUGGAGCGACCAGGUGCGCGGGAUGAUUACGACACAUGGCUGGGUCUGGCCGGCACCUACGAGCGCCUGCAGCUUUGGGAGCAAGCCAUCGACGCCUACGAGCAGGCCGUAAGCAUCUAUUUACGUUUGCAAAAGACAACCAAGGAGGCACCUAUAGCUUGGCUUAAUAAUGUGGCAGCUCUGCAGUUGCAUGCCGGGCAGCCGGAAGCGGCACUGCAAACGCUGGACAAGGCAUUGUCUACGAAUCCGAAAAGUGCCACUCAGGAGCACUUUGAGUGCAACAUUCUCACGCUGAGAUUCAAUAGGGCGCGCGUGCUGGAGGAACUGCACUUGGCUGAUCAGGCGGAGGACAGCUACAAACAGUUAAUUGCCGAAUAUCCAAAUUAUUACGACAGCUAUCUAAGAUUGGGCAUUAUGGCCCAGGACCGCAAUCAAAUUAUCAUGGCCAUGGAGUACUUUAAGGCUGUGCUACAGCUGGAAAACGACAACGUGGCAGCCAGAACAUAUCUGGGCAAUUUGUAUGCCAAGCAAGGCGCACUUUCUCAAGCCAUGUGCAACUAUAAUGUGAUCAUGCGGCGUCCGGGCAGCUUAGGGGACUCGUAUAUGCUUGUCGCCGUGGGCAAUGUGUGCUUGGUAAAAGUACAAAGGACCACGGCCAAUGGCCAACUAGAGAUGGCAAAGCAAUAUCAGGAGAAUGCACUGCAGCUAUUUAGAAAGGCCCUUGAACAAAAUCAACGUAAUUUGUGGGCCGCUAAUGGCAUUGGUGUUGCCUUGAGUAAUCACGGACAUCUGGCAGAUGGAGAGUCGAUCUUCAAGCAGAUAGUUGAGUCUAGCAAGCGCUGUACUGAGGCUAUUUUAAACACAGCACACAUUGCCAUGGAACAGGAGCAUUAUAUAGAAGCAAUAGACAUAUAUAAACAAUGUUUGAAGGAGUUUCUGCCUGCCAACAGUGUGAAAGAGAUGCACUUGCUAGCGAAAGCUCUCUAUCAAACCGGCCAGUUCGAGGAAGCCAAGCAAUUGCUGCAAAAAGCUCGUCAUGUUGCGCCCCAAGAUCUGAUGAUACUCUAUAAUAUGGGAAUAGUUAUAAAGCAGGACAUCAGAGCAACAUAUGGCAAGCAGCGAACCGAUAGGACACAGCUGCAGCACGCCGAGCAGGAGCUCAAAAUUGCUCAGAGCUUCUUUCAAUACCUGGGAGAUAAAGAAGAGUCACUACAGACGGCUAACAAACAGGCCAAUAAGUGCAGCAAAUUGCUUGCAAAUGUGCUGGAAGAUGUUAAGAACCUGAGAGAACUAGAUGAAGUGGAGAAAAAGACUGAAGAGCGUCAAAAAGCGAAGAAAGAUAAGGCAAAAGCUAAAGAAAGCUCACGAAAAAAAGAAUACUCGAAAAAACGUGAACAGAGAGGAACUGAGAUCGAAGAGCCUCAGAAGAGUGAGAAAGACGAACCGAUGAGUAAGGAGCGUUCCCGAAAAAAAGAUCACUCGAAAAAGAGCCAAGAAAAAAUAAGUUCUGCGGAUGAGCAAUCAAAGGUUGAGCAAGAGAGUCCAAUGUGUAUGGAAGGUUUUCGAAAAAAAGAGCACUUAAACAAGCGUCAAGGGAAGGCUUAUGAACAAGAAAAGUCUAAGAAUGGUGAAAAGUCUCGCAAAAAAGAUAACCCGAAGCAGAGUCAAGAGAAACCCACUCACUAUAACGAGCUCGAGAAUGAUGAGCUAGAGAAUCCAUUGAGUGAUGUACUCUCUACUUAUUCUAGUAAAAAAGAACACUCGAAGAAGCGUAAGGAGAAGGCAAGUGAAUCUGGCGAUCGGCAAAAGAUUGAGACCGACGAACCGUUAAGUAAGGAGCGUUCCCGAAAAAAAGAACACUCAAAAAAGAGCGAAGAGAAGCCAACUGACAGCCACGAACUCCAGAAAGUUGAGCCAGAGAAACUAGUAAGUGAUGUAAUUAAUGCUCAUGACCGGAAAAGAGAACACUCGAAAAAGCGCCAAGAGAGGUCAAGUGAUGCUGAGCACCUUAAGAUUGAACAAGAAAAAUUAAAGCAUGAGGAUGAAUCCGGAAAUAGAGAAUACCCGGAGCAGAGCGUAGGGAAGCCAUAUGACACUAACGAGCUCCUGAAAGUUGAGCAAGGAAGCCCAAUAAGUGAUGUACUCAAUAACAAUUCCCUUAAAAGAGAACACGCGAAAAAGCAUCAAAGGGCAACUGAUGGUGACGAUCCCCAGAAUAUUGAGAAAGAGGAACCGAAAAGUAAGGAGCGUUCCCGAAAAAAAGAAUCCUCAAAGAAGCAUCAUGAGAAGCCAAGUGAUAGACACGAGCUCCAGAUGGUUGAGCCAGAGAAACUGCAUAUUGAGGAGAAAUUCAUAAGCCCCGCCAAAAUUGAGAUCACGGACCAGGAGUUGGAUAAAGUUAAACCAAGGCAAAAACUUAUUAUGGAGGAUCCUACUAAAAACACAACAACUGAGAUGACAAUGGCAAGAGAAGUAUCCAAGCUGGAAGACACACGCAAUGAGGAAAAAAUCAAAUCGCGUAAAAGAAAGCACAAAUAUAAAGAGUUUGAAUGCGAGGAAGAAUCUAAGCCAGAGAAGAAGCACAAAAAGUCUAAGGAAAAGAAGAAUAAAAGUGAUUGCCAGAAGAUUGUGUUAUCUGACGAACUUCCCUAGAUCGGAUAAAGCGGUGCGACAACCCGUUUGAAUUAUGGAAAAAACUGUUUGUUGUU